GUCCUCAGAAAUGUAAACAUGGUGACAGAUAGAUGAAAGAAACGCCAAAAUGGUCUUCGAAAGCUUGGUGGUUGAUGUCCUCAACCGAUUUUUAGGGGACUACGUUGUCAACCUUGACAGCUCACAGCUACAGCUUGGCAUAUGGGGAGGUGAUGCUGUUCUAACAAAUCUUGAAAUAAAGGAAAAUGCCUUGAGUCAACUUGACAUUCCUUUUAAAGUGAGAGCGGGUCAUAUAGGACGGCUGGAGCUAAAGAUUCCAUGGAAGAACCUCUACACCCAGUCAGUAGAGGCAACACUGGAUGGUGUCUAUCUGCUCAUAGUCCCCACAGCAAGUAUUAAGUAUGAUGCAGAAAAGGAGGAGAAGCAGUUACAGGAGGCUCGUCAGAGGGAGCUACAGCGGAUAGAGGAGACAAAACUGAAGGCUGCUGAGCAAGAGAACCCGAAGCUGGAAAAGCAGGACACCUUUGUGGAGAAGCUCGUCACCCAGGUCAUCAAAAACCUGCAGGUCAAGAUAUCUAACAUCCACGUACGCUAUGAAGAUGAUGUCACUAAUCCAAACUGUCCUUUGUCAUUUGGAGUGUCACUUAAAAACCUCAGCCUUCAGACAUCUGACGAGAACUGGAAUCCCAGUCUCUUGGAUGAGAAUUCCAGGCUUUUCUUCAAAUUGGUUCAGCUAGACAACUUGUUUGCCUACUGGAAUGUCGACUCAAUACUCUUCUCCAAUCACAGUGCAGAUGAGGCUUUGCGAUGUCUCCAGAGCAGCAUGGAAAUCCAGAACUCUCUUUGUGUCAGCCAUGACUUCAUUUUCCGUCCCAUCUCAGCGGACGCUAAACUGCGGAUGAACCCCAGGUCAGAUGUGGACUUCUCCUCUCCCAAAGUGGACCUGAUGGUCAAUCUCAGUGAGGUGGCCAUUGAACUUAACAGACCCCAGUACAUUAGCAUCUUGGAGCUGCUGGGCUCAGUGGAUAUGAUGUCACGGAACCUCCCGUACAGGAAGUACAGACCCAUGGUCCCCGUUCACAAGAAUGGCUAUAUAUGGUGGAGGUAUGUGAUUACAAGCAUCCUGGAGGUGGAUGUGAAGCCUCGUCUCCGCAUGUGGUCAUGGCAGCACAUUCGCCACCACCGGCAGAUGGUAAAACGCUACCGAGAGCUCUACAAGACCAAAAUCACAAGCAAGAAGCCCAGUGAGGAGCUGCUCAAGGCAUUAGAGGAGCCUGAGAAGACCUUGGAUAUUUUUAACAUCACAUUGGCCAGACAGCAAGCUGAGGUGGAGGCGAGCAAGGCGGGCCUGUGUAUUUACCGUCCAGGGAUGAAGAUGGAGGAAGAGGAGUCUCAGGGUUGGUUCGGCUGGAUGUGGAAUUGGGGAGGAGAGCCUGAUACAGAAAUAAAAGAGGUCAAGACUGGAGGUUUUGAUGAGCUGUUAACCCCUGCUGAGAAAGCUAAGCUCUACACUGCCAUUGGUUACAGUGACACCGCUGCUAAUCCCAACCUGCCAAAAAACUUUGAGGACAUGAAGGUCAAUUUCCACAUGGAGAGGCUGUCCGUGUCCAUCAAAGACAACAAGGACAAAAAUGAGAUCAUUAAGCUGACUGUGGGAGAGCUCAAGUCCACGCUCACACAGAGACCUGGAGCGCAAGCCAUCAAACUCACAGCCCAGCUUAGUUUGUUUGAAGUCACAGGCCUGGCCAGUAACCGACCUGCACCAACCCUCCUGUCGUCGAGGAAGGCAGCCACAGGAGCGGGGACCCCGCUGCUUUCCAUCCUGUUUGAGACCAACCCGCUGGAUGAGAGCGCUAACCAACGGCUUCACGUGGAAUCACAGCCCUUGGAAAUCAUCUAUGAUGCUAUAACAGUGAACAGCAUGUCAGUGUUCUUCAUGCCUCCUGACGACCUGCAGCUGGAUGAGCUCACCAAUGCGACCCUCAUGAAAUUGGAGCAGUUUAGAGACCGCACAGCCACUGGUCUAAUGUAUGUGAUCGAAACACAAAAAGUUCUUGACCUGAAGGUGAACCUGAUGGCCUCCUACGUCAUCAUUCCACAGACUGGCUUUUACAAUGGCACCCAGAACAUCCUGCUGUUGGAUCUUGGACAUUUCAAGAUGUCCAGUCAAAGCAAGAAGCAUCUGCCUCAGCUGUCAGUGGGCUCCAGCAACAUUGAAGACAUCAUAUCCAGAGCAUAUGACAGCUUUGAUGUACAGCUUAGCAGCCUGCAGUUCCUUUACAGCAAACCAGAUGGUGACUGGAAAAUGGCCCGUAAGCAGAAACAGUCACCGCUCCACAUCCUAGAGCCAGUGGAUCUGAAAGUUGUUUUCAGCAGGGCGAUGGUCGUCAAAGACUCCCGCAUGGCAAAAUAUAAGAUGUCUGGAGAGCUUCCUCUGCUGUCUCUUCGUAUUUCUGAUGUUAAACUUCGAAGUGUUCUGGAGCUGGUGGAAAGUAUUCCACUGCCUGAGAGCAGACCUGCUGCACACGGUCCAUCCUCCACGGCAAAGCCAAAGCAGUCGUUCACCCCACAGCUCACUCCCAGAAGACCUCUGAACUUAGCUGACCAGCGCUCCUCUGUCAUAUUCGAGUCAUGUGAGACCAUCAGCAUCACCUCAUUAGGGUCAGAGGAAGAUUUGUUCUACGAUGCUCCCAGCUCUCCCAUCGGCGAUCGACCCUUCUUCCCAGAUAAUCCCAUGCCGCUGCGCUACGCAGACCUACACAAAAGAAAAAGUCUUGUCAAGGAAGAUGCUCAAAAGAACAUGACUGACUUCAUCAUGACGUUUGAAAUCAGUGAGUUUUCUGUUCAGUUGUGUCGUCUGUCUGGGACUCAGGAGGUCACGGUGCUCCACUUGGACAUAGAGGGUCUGGGCACUGAACUGAAAAUACGCACCUUUGACAUGACAUCGAACACCUACCUACGAGAGAUCUGCCUCAAGUGCCCUGAAUACAUGGAUUCUGAAGAGAAGCAGGUUCAGCUGAUCACAACGCUAGACAACACGGAGGUUGACCUGCUAACCCUGGAAUAUAUUAAAGCUGAUAAAAAUGGCCCUGAGUUCAAGUCUCAACACAACAAUACAGAGCAGCUCAUCAAGGUGACCUUCUCAUCCUUGGAUGUGCAUCUCCAUACAGAGGCUCUACUCAACACCAUGAACUUCCUCAACAACCUCCUUCCUCCAUCCACUAAGAAAGAGGGGGGGCAGGAGGAGCUCCCGACCAUCCCUGAGGAGGACGAGGCAGAGGCAGAGAGGGAGGGAGAGAAGAAGGAGGAAGCUGUUGUAACCAGGAAAAAAAGUUCAAAGAGCUCAAAGUUUGCAGAUGUGGUGAAUCUGCAUAUCAGAGCUGAUCUCCGCUGUCUGAAGGUUUUCAUUCGAGGAGAGAAAGCCAGGAUCUCUGAGAUUUCUAUUGAAGGUCUAGUUUCUGAGGUUCUGAUGAGGAAAAAGGAGAUGGAGGUUCUGGCUAACCUAAAGAAUAUUGUGAUCCUAGACUGCGAUAAAGAUGCACUUUACAAAAAGGCUGUAUCUAUAGCGGAUAAGGAAGUGUUUGCCUUCCGCAUGGUGAACUAUACAGAUGCAACAGAAGGAGACGCCUACCUGGACAUGUCUAAAGUCGACACCUGUGUCACACUGACUGUGGGAUGCAUUCAGGUCAUCUUUCUCAACAAGUUUGUCUCCUCCAUACUGGCAUUCAUCAACAACUUCCAGGAGGCUAAAGAGGCCCUGGCUGAGGUGACAGUCCAGGCUGCAGAAAAGGCAGCAUCAGGUGUGAAGGAGCUAGCAGAGCGGAGCACUCGCAUUGCUCUGAAUGUCCACUUCAAUGCACCCGUCAUCUUCCUGCCCCAGUCCUCCUCCUCCACCAAUGUGAUUGUAGCUGACCUUGGUCUGCUGUCUGUCAAGAACCGUUUUGCCAAGCAGCCCUUUAAAAGUGAUGCUAAGAUCCCGCCUGUUGUGGAUAUAAUGACUGUGAGACUGACCGAUCUCAAGAUGUACAGGACCUCAUACAUAAAUGAAGGUUUUCAGGGAGAGAUCCAGGUGCUGAAGCCAGUCAGCCUGGACUUGGAAAUCCAGAGAAAUCUUUCAUCCAACUGGUACCACAGCAUACCUGACAUAGAGAUCACUGCUCAUCUUAAGCCCAUGAGUCUGAUCCUCAGCCAGGAUGACAUGACUGUGGUCCUGAGGACUCUGAGUGAGAACUUGUCAGAGAAGUCUGAUACUGUUCCACCUCCAGCUCAUCCACCCACCACUGACCCCUCCUCUGACUCUGUGUCUAACAAAGAGUCACAAGGCUCUGGAACCACUGGACCACCCAGCAGUAACACAGUAGUGACGGCUGCUGUUGUGGAGACACAGAAAAACAACCAGCUGAAGAACACACUGAAAUUAGACUUCAAGUUCGACUCAAUGACGCUGGUCUUAUAUAGCCCUCAUGAAAAUGUGAUCCAGCUGUUGGAUUCACAUGAUGAGCAGCUAAAGUUGGCAGAGUUUACUCUGGGCACCAUCUCCACCUCCGUCCACAUGUUCUCCGACAGCUCCAUGAAGGCCUCAGUCCGUCUGGCUGCCUGUCUUCUAGAUGACAAGAGACCCAGGAUCAAGAUGGUCACCUCGAGGAUGAUGGCAAUGCGUCCCGGUGCAGAAGAGAACAUGAUGGUGGAGGUGAACUACCGUCAGGGCCGUGACGGCACCACUUUGGACACAGUGGUGCAGGAUGUGUACCUGUGUGCCAGCAUGGAGUUCCUGCUUACUGUUGCAGAUGUCUUUCUCAAAGCCACCCAGCAGGGUUUUGCUCAAGUGCCACAACCGAAGAGCAGCACUGGAGCAGGAGAUAAAAAGAACAUUAACUCCUCUGUCACAUCUAAAGAGUCAACUGCCACUCCAGCCGUGGUGUCAAAAACGGAGAUGAAUGUUUUGGUUCGUAACCCGGAGAUUGUGUUCGUGGCUGACCUGACGCGUGCUGACGCUCCUGCCCUGGUGAUGACCACAGAAUGUGAACUAGUAAUGAAAAGUGAUGCAGAGGGAUCACAGAUGACUGCAGCUAUCAGGGACCUCAAGGUAGUGGCGUGUCCCUUCUUGACAGAGAAGAGGAAAAACAAUGUGACCACAGUGCUGCAGCCAUGUCAGGUGUUCUUCCAGAGUACUCAGUCCCCAACAUCUCCUCAGGCUAUGGAGGUCUCCAUCAAUGCACUCACACUGAAGGUAUCUCCUAUCAUCAUCAACACAGUGAUCACCAUCCAGUCAGCACUGACUCCCACAGCGGAGACCCCCGAGGAGCUGGAAAGUCCUGUUCCUGUGGACCUGUGGGAGAAACGGGGCUGGAAGGAGCUCAAACUGUGGUUCCUAGAAGAGGGUGGGGAUGAAGACACAGCAUCACUGGCCCCACUGAUACCACAGGGAGAGUCAUUACAGGUGACCAUCAAGUCGAUCUGUCUGACUCUGGAGGCUGGAGUGGGACACCGCACUAUCCCCAUGCUUCUGGCCAAGUCCUCCUUCCAUGGAGAUGUGACAAACUGGUCCACACUCAUUAACUUACACAGUGAGCUCAUCCUGGAGGUUCACUAUUACAAUGAGGUGAUGGGAGUGUGGGAACCACUACUGGAGCCCCUAGAAGAUGAGACAAGAGACGGUUUCAGACCAUGGAGACUUGAACUGAAGAUGAAGAAGAAGCCAGUGAAGUUCACAGGUUUGACAGAUGAAGUGGAUUACAACGUCCCAGACUAUAAGACCGUCAUCAUCAUCAGCAGUAAAGACCAGCUCAACAUCACCCUCUCCAAAUGUGGACUGGCCAUGCUGAGUAAUCUGGGCACAGCAUUUGCAGAGGCUGCCAAGCAGACAGCUGACUCCUUCCAGAAAGAUGAAGCUCCCUUUGUUGUGAAAAACCGCCUGGGUUUGCCGGUGUCCGUCCACCACAGUGAGAUGUUUUGUCCAAUCGGCCAGCAGAGCACCAACUACACUGUGAGGCUGCAGGAUGGGGAAACCCUCGGGAUGGAUUAUUCAGCCACAACGGACUCAGACCAGUUCUCGGCCAUGAUCUCCUUGAGUGGAAAGGACUACUACAUACAGCCUACUCCGAUGGGCCACACCUCAACCAGUGUGAUCCCCCUGAUCAAAGUGGGCAGGGGAAUGUACAGUGUAAUGCACAAAGACUCAGGAGUCACUCGUUUCCUGGUCUGUCAGAUUUACUCUGUGGAGGGCAGCAAGUACAUCAAGAUCCGCUCUCCCUUCCAGAUCAUCAAUCAUUUCUCAGUCCCAUUCAAAGUUUUUGAAGGAUCAACAUGUCUGGGUACAGCUCUCCCUACUGAGGAGUUCUGUGUGCCUCUGGACUCAUACAGGUCUGAGCUCAGCCUCCAGCCGAUAACAGAGGAUGACGCUGACAAUCAGGGUGAGCAGUUUGAGUGCUCAGAGGGCUUCAGUUACGAAGACGUCAGCAACCAGCAGCCCGAGACCCGCCUCCAGCAGACCUGCCGUCGCCGCGGAGAUGAGGGUGGUGUGCUGAUAGUCAACAUCGUGCCAGUAAAAGAUGCUGUGACAUUCAAACACACUGGAGGUGUUGGGGAGAACUUUGAUGUGCCCUUUGUGCUUCACCUGUGGCCUACCAUCCUGCUACGCAACCUGCUGCCUUACCCCAUCUCGUACAAACUAAAGGACAGUGGAGUCUCUCCCCCUGAGGCCACUCUGAACCCAGGCCACUCUGCCCAGCUUCACACUGCAGUCAUCAACCAGUCAAGUCUCAGUCUCUGCCUGCUGAACUACUUGGCUCAGGACUGGUCUUCUGAGUACAGUCUCCACAGUGAUCAGGAAGAGAUCACCUUCAUAGUGUUCCAGUCUCUGCGAGAGGAUGACGAAGAUGAUGGCAUAGGGACAGAGAGGAAGAGGGCUGAGUUGGACAUAGCAGUGCAUGUUAAAUAUGACCUGGGACAAACAGUGGUUGCUAUCCACUCCCCAUAUUGGAUGGUGAACAAGACAGGCAGGUUACUGCAGUACAAGGCCGACGAUAUCCACCGCAAACACCCGCUGGACUAUGACAUGCCCCUGCUCUUCUCCUUCAAGCCCCGUUACUUCCUGAGAAACAAUAAGGUGCGUCUGAUGAUCUCAGACAGUGAACUCUCCGAUGAAUUCUCCCUGGACACAGUUGGUAGCCAUGGAGAUGUCAAAUGUAAAGGCCGAUACAAAGAUUACCUGGUUGGUGUGAAGAUUGACGCCAGCAGUUUCAGUCUAACCCGCAUCGUGAGCUUUGUGCCGUUUUACAUGCUGGUCAACAGAACCAAGCACAGCGUCUUCAUAUGUGAGGAGGGGCAGGACAACUGGACCGAAGCUCAGCCAGAACAGUCAGCCAUUCCCUUCUGGCCUGAGAAUGACACCAAGCGGCUAAAGAUCAAAGUAGAAGGUUGUUUAUUACCUCCACGGACUAUUGACUUCACACGACCAGAAAACUGCCUAUUGCUGCAUCUGGACAACUCUGUGGGUGGGAUCAUUGUAGAUGUGAACCUAUCAGAACACUCGGCCACAAUCAGAUUCUCUGAGUACCACGACGGUGCGGCCCCUUUCCUGAUUAUCAACCACACGAAAGAUCAGACUCUGCAGUUCCAUCAGAGCGCCCGGACAGAAUCCACGUGGGUGGCUGACGAGCUGCUCGACCUCUCCUUCUCAGUGGAGGAGGACAGCUCUCAGAAGGAGGCAGAGCAGGAGGAGCUGGAGGCUGGGAAAGCUGUGCACUACACCUGGACCGAACCCACCGGCUCCCGAGAGCUUUGCUGGAAGUGUGGUGCUUACAGCGGGAAGCUGAAGAGUGAGGAGGACCUGCGUGUGGACAUGAACAAUGAGGGAAAACUGUUUUUGAUCUCCUUUUAUGAAGGUCUCCAGCGCGUUGUGCUGUUCACUGAGGAGCAGCGCAUCUACAAGCUGCUCUGUGAGAGCGAGAAGGCGCAGCUGGCUGAGCAGGAAAUCAUCUUGUCUCUACAGAACGUGGGCGUGUCUCUGAUCAACAACAGCAGCAGCCAGGAGGUCUCCUUCAUUGGGAUCACGAGCUCUGAUGUGGUGUGGGAAUUAAAGCCUAAGAAGAAGAAUCGGUGGAAGACUCUGAGCACUAAAGAAACUGAGAUGCUGGAGAACAGCUUCAGAGAAUACACUGAAUCUGGGCCUGUAGACUGCGGCAUCGUCGACCUGGAAAACAACUUCCAGGUGUGCUUUACUCCCAAUGGCGUGGAUAUGCGGAUGCUGCAGCCGUGUGAUGCUCCUCUCAGGAGGCACUUCCUGCCUGGGGUGAAGGUGGAGUACAGUGUCUCACCACGACAGAGUGCCUACCGUGUCCAAAUCCACCGCAUUCAGAUCCAGAAUCAGCUGCCAGGAGCCAUCUUCCCCUAUGUUUUUUACCCUGUAAAACUGCCCAAAUCUAUCACCAUGGACUCAGAACCCAAACCUCUAACUGAUAUCAGCAUUGUUACCAGAACGGCAGGGCACUCUGAUAUCUCUCGCAUCAAGUACUUCAAAGUGCUGAUUCAAGAGAUGGAUCUGAAGCUUGAUCUGGGCUUCCUGUAUGCCAUCCUGGACCUGUUCACACCUGAGAAUGCCAGCAUCAUGAGCUCAGAACAGGAGGUGGAGCUGUUUGAGAAGGACAUAGAAUAUAUCAAAACAGAACUAAAUGAUGUCUCUGCUGCUGACACCUCUCCCAUCAGCCUGUAUGAAUACUUCCACAUUUCUCCCAUCAAGCUGCACCUGAGUUUCUCUCUGAGCACUGGAGGAGAAGACGGCCUGAAGGAGGUGAGAGACAGAGAACUCAUUCCUGUCCAGUCCCUCAACCUGCUGCUGAAGAGCAUCGGCGCCACGCUCACUGAUGCACAGGACGUCGUCUUCAAGCUGGCCUUCUUUGAGUUGAACUUCCAGUUUUGUACCACCCAGCAGCUACAGUGGGAGGUCAUCAGACAUUAUUCCAAACAGGCUAUUAAACAGAUGUAUGUGCUGGUGCUGGGCCUGGAUGUUCUUGGAAAUCCUUUCGGACUGAUCAGAGGACUGUCGGAGGGAGUGGAAGCCUUCUUCUAUGAGCCCUAUCAGGGAGCCAUCCAGGGGCCUGAGGAGUUUGUUGAAGGAAUGGCUCUUGGGGUGAAGGCUCUGGUGGGAGGAGCUGUAGGGGGUAUAGCAGGUGCAGCCUCCAGGAUCACAGGUGCCAUGGCAAAGGGUGUUGCUGCCAUAACGAUGGAUGAGGAAUACCAGCAGAAGAGACGAGAGGCUAUGAACAAACAGCCCAGUGGCCUCAGAGAGGGGCUGACCAGAGGUGGAAAGGGAUUAGUGUCUGGAUUUGUCAGCGGGAUCACAGGGAUUGUUACCAAACCUAUUAAAGGAGCCCAGAAGGAGGGUGCAGCAGGCUUUUUUAAAGGUGUUGGGAAAGGUCUGGUCGGUGCCGUAGCCAGACCUACAGGAGGCAUUAUUGACAUGGCCAGCAGUACUUUCCAAGGGAUCAAGAGGGCAGCAGAGACUUCACAAGACAUUGAAUCACUGCGCCCUCCUCGCUUCAUCCACGAGGAUGGUGUCAUACGACCAUAUAAGGAGAGGGAGGGCCUCGGCAGUCAGAUGCUCCAGAAAAUUGAGAACGGACGUUUUGCCAAGUACAGAUACUUUGCUCAUGCCAAGGUCAAUGAGUCCGACUUCCUCAUGAUCACCAAGAGGGGAAUAUUUUUUGUCACCAAAGGCACAUUUGGCCAGCUGACCUGUGAGUGGCAGUACCUGUUUGAAGAGUUCACAAAGGAUCCAAUGAUUGUGGAGAACCGCCGACUUCGCAUUGAGGCCAAGGAGAGAGUAAAGUCUGUCUUCCAUGCCAAGGAGUUUGGGAAGAUCAUAAACUUUAAAACUCCUGAGAUAGCCAAGUGGGUUCUUGCCAAAUUGGAGGAUGCAAGAGAGAGUUUACCCAAAUACUAACUCAUGAAGAAGAAGAAGAGUGUGAAAAAGAAGAGAAAACAUGCACAAAGUCUGUGUGUGUCAGUGCCUUUGUUCUUUACUGCAUGCUACUUUUGUUUACCUCCAUGUGUGAGUAGUGGUGAAAACACACAAUCGACGCUGUAUGUUGACUGUUAGUGCGUGACGGGGGUGAAAGACUGAGUGAGUGGUUUGUAUGUGUGCGUGUCUGCAAAGUGCUAUAACUGACUUGCAUUCAUUAACCACAGAAGCUCAGAAUGCAUUGAACCAAACGUUGUUCCACUCUCUUCGCUGAGAUUGCACUCAUCCUUUUGUGCACACACUGUAGUAUUGAUUUUUAAUGAUUGAUUCUUCUAUGAAAACUAAUGCUAAGUCUGGAGUUUCAAAUACAUCCUAUCGCUAUGUGUUUGGGUCCAAAAUGCUGCUGAAAUUGGAGGAUUUUCAGUUUUCCUCAGCCUUUGUUUUCAAUUCUCUAUCUAACACACACUAAGUCACUCAUUUCAUCCAGUUUCAUUUUUACUGAACAUAUUUCAAGUUGUGUUUGGCUGUCGACGCGACACUGUUAUAGUGCAACAGCUUAGAGACGUGGUAGAAAACAGCUUGUAUAACACCGAUGCCAAAUCAACCAUAACUGUAGCACAUUUAAUGUUGUACAUUGUUUAUUUCACCGGAUUGUAUAAAAGGGAAACUAAUUUCAAUUCUGAGUACGGCUUUAUAACACGUUAUUCAAAAUGUGCUGUCUUUCAAACCCUCAGACUCUUUCUUUUACUCCUAAUACUCCCUAUUUUCCUCUUUUUUUAAUGCAUUUCUGCAGUUGAAGACUGUUCAGUGUGUGAUUUAUAGACGCAUGCUAUUUUUAUACUGUACUUACACUAUCAGUCUGCUGUAUAUUGAUAUAAAAUAGUUUACCAUCUGUAUAUAUCCAUCCUCACACAAUAGUCUGUAUUACAGCGUUACAGAUUGUAAUUUUGUGAUUUUUAUGUUUUUAUACCACACAUAUGCAAUGCCAACGAUGUUGAUGAAUUAUGCAGAGAAAAGUCUAUUUAAAAGAAGUGAAUGCUAACUAUUAUUAGCUGCUGUUUACUCUGAUGUGUAUUUUAUAGGUUGACAAGAAUAAUAUAACUUUUGGUUUGGGGUGCAUUAUUAUUUCAAUAACGGCAACAAUUAUUUCUGUUGCCGUUAGUGAUUGUCAUUUAUGUCAUCUGGGGGCAAAAUGUUCACUGCAUUGGCUUAAUGCUUUUUCCCCGACAGUUUUCAAAAAAUAACAAUAAUAAUAAUAAAAUAUGUG